AUGGCAGCCGCCAAGGAGGUGCAAGAGGCUGCUGCUACGGUUGCUGGGGAAGGGGCCACGGUGACUCUGGUGGCCGGGGACACGCGGCUGGUGGCGCACAGGGCCGUCCUGGCAGACAGGAGCCCCGUGUUCGCCGCCAUGCUCUGCCAGGACACGCCGGAGGCCAGCAGCAGUGUGGUCACCGUCCCCGACGUCGAGGGCCCGGUGCUGCACCAGCUGCUGGCCUACACGAACUCCCUCCAUGCUCCCGAGAUGCCCCGCAUGGCCCCAGAGCUGCUGGCAGCUGCAGACAGGUACGGCGUGUGGGAGCUGAAGGUCCAGUGUGAGGAGCAGCUGGCCAGUCAGCUGUCAGCAGAGAACGCGGCGCGCACGGCAGUGCUGGCAGUGAGGCACUCCUGUCCCAGCCUCGCAGAGGUCACUGUCGCCUUCAUAAAAGCCAACUCGCUGGUGUUUGCCACAGCGGGUUGGGCCGAUGCGGUCCUCAACCACCCUGAUGAGGUGGUCAAAGUGAGUCAGUUGCUCGGUGGGCCACUAACAGAAACCAGGUAA